AUGUUAAGAUCCCCAUCUAAUCAAUCAUCUUCAAGCCGGGAUCCAGACGGUACCAAUGAAACCAAAUCUGGUGUUACUAUUAGAAAAAAACAGCAGCCGGAGAAUGUGAUCCUAAAUGAAAUUAAAAGCAUGCAGUCGAAUUUUACCCAGGUUCUGCGAGACCUUCGGCAGGACCUUGAUGUUAAGUUUGAAAAUAUUUCAGACAGUAUUCAAACAGUUAGAAGCGAUCUUGAAAACUACCAAUCGCAGAUAAGGAAAGACAUUGAUGACCUACGUUGUGAAAAUGGCGCCAUGAAACAGCAAAUUCAAGAUCUUAACAAGGAAAUCUCGGACUUGCGUGAAUCAACGAGGUUUAUCUCAAGUCAACAGGAUGAAUUUGGAAAAUGCACCGAUAAAAUCUCGGGUUGUACUAAAUCGAUGAAUGAACACGAACGAAUAAUCGAAUCCCUCACGUCAAAGAUGGAUGGUUUGGAGCAGCAAGCAAGACAGUGCAAUAUCGAAAUCACUAAUUUACCAGAAAAGCGUGAUGAAAAUCUGUUGUCCAUAAUUGAGUCAAUUGGCGCUAAAAUUGGAUGUGCCAUCAAUCGUCGUGACGUUGUCGCCAUCCAUCGCGUGCCUCAUGCUUCUCAAACUAGUAAACCAAAGAAUAUCAUAGCGAAACUAACUACACGUAUCUUGCGUGACAACAUCCUUGGCGCUUAUCGCAUUAAGAAAGGGAUGACGUCUGCUGAAUUGGGACUUUCGGGUGCACCGCAAAUUAUUUAUCUUAACGAACACCUUACUCUGCGUAAUAAACAACUUUUUCGAACAGCUCGAGAAGCAGCUAAUAAGGCCAAUUUCAAAUAUGUUUGGGUCAAACACUCCACUAUUCUGGUACGAGCAUCUGACAAUUCCCCCGUCAUUCCUAUUCGCACAGAACAGGAUAUUAAGAAAAUUUAUAAUAGGGGAUCGGGUACUAAUAACCAUCCUGGGACCAGCGUAUAUACACAGUAAUAUAUUCUUUUUUUAUCAUAUUUUUGUAAAAAUCGUCUUCAUAAUGAUAUUUACAGUGCUCGGGCUUAAGAUUGAAGAGGCAUUCGGCUGGUUUUGUGGCUUAAUUGUUAUUAUUUUUUUCUGUGUAUCAGAUUCCAUUAUGUUAACUUGUAUUACUACUGCCUUAUUUACAUUAUUUAUAGUAUCGACUUUAAAAUGACUAAUAACCUGAGCGUUUACUAUCAAAACUGUAGAGGGACACGAACUAAACUACAAACACUAUAUAUGAACAUCCUGUCUAACGAUUAUGAUAUUAUAUUAUUAACGGAAACUUGGUUGAUUCCGGAUAUAUUGGACAGUGAAUUUAUAGACCAAAGGUACAUUACUUUUCGCUGUGACAGGGAUCGUGAUGUGGCUUUGAAGAAGGAUGGUGGGGGUGUUAUGGUUGCUGUACUGC